GUUAGAGGGCGGUGUCGGGUGGAGAACUGCUGUUAGUUUGUACUGUGUUUAUUGUUAAGGUUGUGUGGAUUAGCACUGCGGUACCUGCUUCAUUUUCAACAUAACAUUAUACGUUUAGAGUGCGUUAAAGCUGCACGGCGUGUGCUCAGCUGUCUACAUGGAAAAGCAGUUGGCGUUUCCAGUGGACUCUGUCAGAGACCCAAAACAAACCAUGAGCAAAGGAAAACCGAGAGAAAAACGAUGAUAUUACACCAAAACUGAUCCACGCCUGCUUCUAAGGAAUACUUCCUUCUGCCAUCAGCUUCUGGUGAUGGCCAACUCAGUGGCCACUUUAGUGGUCCAAGCAGAACUGCUACCGACUCAGUCCACCGCCUCUCUCUCUCCUUUCCCAUCUCUUCUGGGCUCUGGGGAGGAUGGUGAGGAUACUGGUGACAGGGCAGGGCUGGAGGGGCGAGAUAAGGGGGUAGCAGAAGGUGGUGAGGAGGUGGUUCUGGAAAUGGUGACAUCAUCUGUGUCAGGGCCAGCCCUGCAGCCGGAGCAGUCCAUGGAUCAUCCUUUCCAGUGUUUGGACUGUGGCAAAAGCUUCAGGUGGUCUUCCCGGCUGACCCAUCACCAGCGGAGCCACAACAAUGAGAGGCCCUACCGCUGCAACCUCUGUCCUAAGGCCUUCAAGGGCUCCUCUGCUCUUCUCUACCACCAACGGUCUCACUCAGGGGAGAAGCCUUAUAAAUGUGAGGACUGUGGCAAAGCCUUUAAGCGAUCCUCUCUACUCCAGGUCCAUCAGAGUGUCCACACUGGAGUACGCACCUUUUUGUGCCCCUAUUGCCCUCUGACAUUCAAAUGGAGUUCUCAUUACCAGUAUCACCUCCGCCAGCACACAGGAGAGUGUCCGUACCCCUGUGACAGCUGCCCCAAGGCCUUCAAGAACUCCAGCAGUUUGCGGCGACACAAGAAUGUCCAUCUUGGUCUCAAGCCGUAUACUUGUACAGUGUGUAACAAGUCUUUCACUCAGUCGACCAACCUGAGGCAGCACAUGCGGAUCCACACGGGGGAGAGGCCCUACAUCUGCAGUGAGUGUGGUCGCAGCUUUACACACUCCUCAAACCUGGCCCUGCACAAGAACUCUCAUUCCAACCUGAAUGCAGGAGGCAAGGUGGGAAAGAGAGGAGCGGAGGCAAAGAAGGGAAAUGGGAUAGUCGAGGUGGUGGUAGGCACAGAGGAAGUGACAUCAUCUAUGUUGACGGACAUGGUGGGAUUUGUGAGCCAAGAAGGAACGGAUGGCGUCGGGGUGGGGAUGGAAGAAGUGUUCUUGUCAACUACUUCCUCUGGCCACAACUCUGGCCUUCUCCGACACCUCACCCUCACUUCCUCAGGGGAGGACUUGUGUGCAUCGAGGGCUAUUGGGACGGAGGUGCACCUGAGCACAGACACUGGUGCCAGUGUGCUGCUGUACAGCUGUGGCAGCUGCAGCCACACCUUUGGCACACAGACUGACCUCGAGGAGCACCAAGCCAUCCAUAUGACUCCAGAGGAACACAGAACCAGUGCUGAAGCAGAGCCUGGGGCAGGGAUGGAAGUUGCUGAUGGGCUGGUGGGAGCUGGUCACCUUUUGGCUGGAUUUGAGGAGGUGGUAGAGACCACUACUGUGGCUGAACAUGGACACCCUGCAGAGGUGCUCCUUGGACUGACAGAGGGAACAGAUGGAAGCAGUGCAAAUGUGGGCACCUCCCAGGCCCAGUUUGACCUGCUGCAGAGUUUCACUGAGGUGACUCAGAGCUCUGACACUGUUCAGCCAGAGGCCAGACCCACAUGGGCAGGGCUGUCAUGUGGCUACUGCAAUAAGACCUUCAAGACCAGUGGAGGCCUCAAUAGACAUGUUUCACUGAUGCACUCUCUGUCAUCACAGUCUCGUUCUCAGUUCAGCUGCUCUGCCUGCGACCGAUCCUUCCCCCUUCUUUCCUCACUCCUCACCCACCAACACUCCCAUACUCCUGAGCAACGUCUCCUGGCUGAGGCAGAGGCUGAGAUAGUGUGCCCUCCCUCCCGUUCUCUGUCUCUACCCCUUCCAUCAUCUCUCAGCCAGACUGACAAACAGCAGGAAGACCAGAGGGAGAUCCACGUUGAUAUCAUUAGUGUUGGUGAAGAGCAUGAAGACCAGCCCACCAAACAGACCAAAGCUCCCAAGAAGACCGGAGUCAGUAAAGGCAUCGCUGCUGGAGAGAGGCCAUACCGCUGCUUAGAGUGUGGAAAAGCCUUCAAAGGUUCAUCAGGGCUGAAGUACCACAUGAGGGAUCACACUGGAGAAAGACCGUACCGCUGCACUGAGUGUGGGAAGAGCUUCAAAAGGUCUUCACUGCUCUCCAUCCAUCAGAGAGUUCACACAGGUGUACGGGCAUUCCAGUGCCCACACUGCCCUCUCACUUUCAAAUGGAGCUCUCACUACCAGUACCACUUGCGGCAACACACAGGUGAGAGGCCAUAUGUGUGUAAGGAAUGUGGCAAGUCCUUCAAGAACACCAGCUGUCUGCGAAGACACAGUCAGAUGCACUCUGGACUGCGGCCACAUAUCUGCUCUGUCUGCUCCAAGUCGUUCUCCCAGACAUCAAACCUCAAACAGCAUGAACGCACCCAUUCUGGCGAGAGACCAUUUCAGUGCACUCACUGCAAUAAAAGCUUUACACACUCCUCCAACCUACAGCUCCACCUUCGCACACACACCUCUCGCAAGGACUUUAAAUGCCCGUACUGUUCUAAGGAGUUCAUUAUGCACUCAUACCUGCAGAGACACAUCCGAACCCAUGGCAGCAGUGUCCCUCUACCCUGUUCUGGUGGUGGUGGUAAAGAUGGUGUGCCAGUGAAGGCCAGUCUUGGAGGAAUAACAACUACUACAACUCUGCUCAACCCUAUCACCUUGGAAACCUCAGGAAAAAAUGGCAGCCUGAUUGUUUCUCAGCCCACCCUAAAUAUUCCCCCCAACACUUCUCAGAACUAUUUCAUGAUUCAGACAGCAAGCGGCCUGCAGCUCAUUCCUCUGUCGUCUCCAGCACCUACCGCUCCACCUCCCCCUCCACCGCCACUGCCCCCAUCUCAGCCCCAAAACUUCCUCCUCCUGCAGUGCCCAUCCACCAGCAGCAGCCAGUCAAGCUUGAUUCUCGUCCCCACGACAAACAAUCCUCCACCAGCCCCAGAGCCUCAGACUCUUCAGUUGAUUCAGACUUUCCAAGCACUCCAGCCGGUCCUAAACGUCACACAGACCCAGAUCCCCCAGUUUCCAACCGUUUCACAGCAGCAGCAGACCAGGAUCAUAAUCACGAAUAACCAGAAUAAUGCAAACACUUCUGUUGCCAUGACAACACACACUCCUUCGGCUAAUUCCCUACUAAGCAAACCCAUACUUGGUAAAAGCACACGGCGCGCAAGAGGCAGACGGGGACGCAAACCAAAAGCCACCCAUCAGAGGUCUGUAGAAGCGUCUGUCAGGCAGACUGGGGGCUGCCACAUGAGCAGUGCCACACAGACUGUUACUGGUGCUAACGCAACCACUGAAUCAUCGUCAUCACUCUCAUCUGUAUCCACCGUAUCCCACUCUACCCUGUCAACAUCAUGCACUACUACAUCAACUACUUCACCCUCCACCACUACAGCCUCCACAACAGAUACCUCAGGACACUCAUCAGCAGUUACCAUGGUUACACCAGCCACCACGGUAACCACAGCCUCAGUUUCUACUUCUGUCUCCGCUAAUCCUGAGAGGAAACCUUAUACAAUUUUUGGGAAAAUAAGUUCAGGGGAGACAGAGACAGGGAAACAGUUUGUGUUAUGUUUUGAUAAUGAAGACCAGGGCAAGGAGGGGAUGAAUAUUGGGGAGGGCGGGGAGUCAUAUGUGUUGCAGGCAGUGGAGGGAGGAGGGGACAUAGAGGGCAAGUCCCUCGUGCUGCAGUUCAAGUCUGACGAGCAAGGCGAAGAAGAAAGGCGGGAACAUAAAGAGGGGGUGAUCUCACUUCUGCAUGACUGGGGAGGAGAACAGCAGGGAGAGAGACAUGUGAGCGAGGAGGACACCCGGGGAGAGUCCAUCGUCCUUCACUUCCACACAGAUGCACAGCUCAGUGGCCACUGCAGAGGGACCUUCAGCCAAGGGCAAGACAACAGCCUGCAUCUUUCCUGCACAGCUACGCAAGAUUUGUUGCCCCUGGAUGGGGAGGAGGUGGUGUUUGAACUGGAGAGUGAGGCCAAACUAGAGCAGGGCUCUGGAGAGGGGAUGCAGAUGAUAGCCCUGAUUGAAGGUGGAGGGGAGAUGAUAGGUGAAGAUGGAGCAAGCUGCAAUACUGUGAGCAGUGGAGUCAGGGAGGGUGGAGGAGCUGUGGAAAGCAUCUUUCAGUUAGAAGGAGGAAAACAGAUUGUCAUAAUUGAGGUCAGUAGCUUAAGAGAGGGGAAGGUGGAGAGAGACAAUGACGGGGAACGCUCCCAGAGGAGUAUAAUGGCAGAGGCAAAGAAAAAAUCUGUAAUUGAACACAACACUACUGCCAGGACAGAGGUACGGGCCUCAGUUGAAGCCCCAAUAAGAAAUGGACCUACACCUGACUGCAAACCGGUUCAGUUUUCUAAGUGACCUCUGUGAGUCAGUGUUUUAGCACUUUAGUCAGUUUGGGGAGGACACUUGGAUGUGUACUGUGUUGUAAUACCAUGAUGCCACAUAACAGAAUUAAAGUACCAUUUAAAUUAGCUGUACAUGAACCUUGUAAAAUUCCUAAAUAUUAGUUCAAAUGAUACUGUAAUAUAUAGUUUAUUAGUAAAUACAUAUUUGUGAAUACAUGUUGUAUAGGACACACUUUAUAAUGGUAAUAUUCAACAAUAGGUAACUAUUAAUAAAAGCAAUAUAUUUGAUUGUUUUGUGUUUGUAAUUUUAAAUGCUAAGUAUUGAGAGACCAUUACAGUUAGGGUAUUAUGUCAAAUCAAAUUCUGCCACCCAGGAAGGAAUUUGAAUAAUCUCAUCUUACGCGACAUGCCCGCUGCAAAUAUUUUCUGUAGUGCCUAUUGUUUGAAAGCUCAAAUACAGAAAUAUGCAACAAU